AUGGCCCCAGAGCUCGGGAUUGAGGGAAACUUGGGAUGCUGCGAUCCCUACGGCAAUGGGGACUUCUUUUGCAAGACUCAGCCUGGAUGCUAUCAGGCUUAUGAUAGCUGUUUUCCGCGGAAGUCAAAGAUUGGAGGUCCAGGCUUAGACUUCUUAAUGGAUGCUCAGAAGGACUUCUUGAACCACAAGCUGCAGGGUGGGUCCAAUGACGACCUGAUGAAGUGCCGGCAGAUUGCCAGGGCCAUUGAGGGAAUGUCCUUGGAGACGAAGGUCUUAGAUGUGGGAGCUGGCACUGCACCCUGCAAACCCAUCAUUCGAUCCUUGGGCUAUGGCUACACUGCCCAGGAUGCCAAAGAAUACGUCGGCACCGAAGCCAUUGCUGGGUCAGUUUUCCUGCACGGCUAUGCGGACAUUGACAUCGUUUCGGAUAUUGCGGACAUGCCGUUGCCCAACAAGUCCUUUAACGUCAUCGUGUGCACCGACGUGCUGGAGCAUGUCCUACGGCCCCGUGAGGCCAUCCAUGAGAUGGGACGCCUACUGAAGAGACACGGCUGA